GCGAAACACACACUCUCUCUCUCACACACACACACACGGUGUUUCCGCGGCGUGAGGGACUCCAGUUCAGUGAGUAUUGUGAGAUGAGCUGUUUAAGUCAUGGCGAGGAAUGUGAUUCCGUGGAUUUGGCUGAGGAAGCCCAUCUACAUACAGGCUCGCUUCUCCUACUUGCACAUGAAGUACCUGUUCUUUUCCUGGCUGGCUGUUUUUGUAGGAAGCUGGGUGAUAUACGUCCAGUACUCCUCCUAUACAGAGCUGUGCCGUGGACAUGAAUGCAAACACACUAUAUGUGAUAAGUUCCAGAAGGGGGUGAUCGAUGGUACAGCCUGCAGCAGCUUAUGUGAAAAGGAGACCCUGUAUUUUGGGAAAUGCCUGUCUGCCAAACCCAGUAACCAGGUGUAUUCUGGUAGCUGGGGAGAUUUGGAGGGUAUCAUUAAGUGCCAUAUGGAGGACGUUCCUCACUAUGACGUGGAAGGAGAGCUGGAACCACGGAGAGAAUCUGCAGCUUUUAAUAGGCCCACUAAAGGCACGUCUGUGGAGAAGUUUAGAGAGAUGGUCCUGAAUCAUCUAAAGGCAAUGGUCGGCGAUCAGGCUAACCUGCAUGACUUGGUGGCACUCGUGCUUGGUGUGGCUGAUGCCAACAAGGAUGGCGAAAUAUCCCUGGCAGAGGCACGUUCAUCCUGGGCUCUCUUGCAGCUGAACGAAUUUUUGAUGGCGGUGGUUCUGCAAGGGCGGGAACACACUCCAAGGCUGCUAGGCUUCUGUGGAGAUUUGUAUGUAGUGGAAAAGGUGCCGUACACACCACUCUAUGGCCUCAGCCUGCCAUGGGCCGUGGAGUUAUGGCUUCCAGCAGGACUGCGCAGAAGUAUGGAUCAGUGGGUGGCACCAUCAUGGCCACGCAAGGCCAAAAUUGCAAUCGGGCUCUUAGAACUGGUGGAAGACAUCUUCCAUGGGCCAUUUGGCAGCUUCCUUAUGUGUGAAGUAAAUGCAGCGGGUUUUGGCUACAAUGAGCGCCAUGACCUGAAGGUGCUGGACGCCAGGCGCAUCGUUCCCGAAAUUGCUUUUCAAAAACUGAUGCGAGAACGACGGUGUGAAGUUGACACAGACUGUCUUUAUGGAGUAGACUGCCACACCACCUGUGACCUCACGAAGCACCGCUGCACCACUGAGGCGACACAGCCCAACCUGGCUAAAGUGUGUGGGUCGCUGAAGGACUAUUUGCUCCACGGAGCACCGGUGGACGUAAAGGAAGAGUUAGAAAAGCAACUGUAUUCGUGCAUGGCACUGAGAGGAGCCACUGAGCAAAUGGAGAUGGAACACUCGCUCAUCCUAAACAACCUAAAGACGCUGCUGUGGAAAAAGAUUUCACACACAAAGGACUCCAAAUGAAAACCAAGUUAUUGCCUGGAGGUACACAAACUACAAAGGUGUUUAACCUUAAACAGACUUCUAAUCAAAAUAUUUUUUAAAUUAAGUUACUCUGGGGUUCUAAAGUAAGGCUUUAUGGGCGUCGUUGCUGACUCACCAGGUUGAUCCUGAAAUCAGAUUCCUGUCUGUACAGAGUUUCCUCUGGUUUCUUCCUACCUCCAAAACACUCGAUUGGCUAUUCUAAAUUGGCCUAGGUGUGAAUGUGCAUGUCAGUGAUGCCCUGCUAUGCGUAAUCCUAGUUCCAUGAAGCACUUACUAAGGAUUAAUAAAUUAGCUUGCAAAUGGCAAAGCUGUGGUUUCACCCAAGACAUUGAUCAAAUCUGGUGAAGCCACAACAUUUUAUGGCCAGAAGACCACAAUGCUCUUUGGGUGAGACGGGUUGUACUGUAUAUGAAAUCCAUGUGGUUGCAUAAACAGCACAUGGAAAAUAUCCGUAGCUAGCUUUACGGGUCAUAGCAAAGGGGCUUUGUUAUCCAUUAAGAACACCUAGGCUACAGCUUCACCCUGUAUAUGAUGGAUGUGAGAGAAUUGGGUUUAAAAAGUAAGCCAGUUAUAAUCUGAUAGUGUAAAUGCACAAUUAUAAAACUUUUACCUAUACAUGUUGCUACUAAAAAUAUACUUUGAGAAAAUAAAAACAGCAGACAUCCUGCCAACACUGACAGACGACUGAACUGCCACUGAAACUUUCUAUACUACAGUAUACUGGGGGUGUGGGUAAAAUAUUUUUUGGAAGAUUUAUAAGAAAGCUUGUUCUAAUACUUUAAAUCUAUAAUUUAUUCUAAAUGUAAUUUUGUAGAGAGACAACAUUGCUGUUUCGUUCACAUAAUUUUCAGUGGAAGUCCUACUUGGAUACAAGUAAAAAACAAAAAAGUUUUUUUUGUUUGUUUUUUACACUCGGUAAAUAUAAGGCAUGAUGUAUUUACGUUAAAGGCAUGUAAUCAUUUGCAGAAUUGUAGCCUGUGUACAUGAAAUGUGGUUCUCA